GGGGGGGGGGGGGGGGGGAGGGGGAGGAAAGGGUGAGUGAGUGAGUGAGUGAGUUCAGACGUCGUUGCCGCCACCAGCUCGGACUCAUGAUUCCCAUAUGCCCGGUAGUUUCGUUCGCCUAUGUGCCCAGCCGGCUGGGAGAAGAUGCCAAAAUGGCUACCGGCAACUACUUUGGAUUCACCCAUAGUGGGGCUGCUGCUCAGUACAGCCAGCAGCCAGCAUCGGGUGUAGCCUAUUCCCAUCCAACUACAGUUGCUAGCUACACUGUCCAUCAAGCCCCAGUUGCUGCUCACACGGUUACUGCAGCCUAUGCCCCAGCAGCAGCUACGGUUGCAGUAGCUAGGCCUGCUCCAGUAGCUGUCGCAGCUGCUGCAACAGCUGCUGCAUAUGGAGGCUACCCUACAGCACACACAGCUACAGAUUAUGGUUAUACACAGAGGCAACAAGAAGCUCCACCACCACCACCACCUCCUGUCACUACGCAGAAUUACCAGGAAUCCUAUUCUUAUGUUCGAUCUACUGCCCCAGCUGUAGCUUAUGACAGCAAACAAUACUAUCAACAGCCAACAGCAACUGCUGCGGCUGUGGCUGCUGCCCAGCCUCAGCCUUCAGUAGCUGAAUCGUACUACCAGACAGCUCAGAAAGCAGGAUAUAGCCAAGGGGCAGCUCAAUAUACUCAAGCCCAACAAACGCGACAAGUGACGGCUAUAAAACCUGCAACCCCAAGUCCAGCAACAACUACAUUUUCUAUAUAUCCAGUAUCCUCUACUGUACAGCCAGUGGCAGCUGCAGCUACUGUUGUUCCAUCCUAUACUCAAAGUGCAACGUACAGUACAACAGCAGUUACUUACUCUGGUACCUCUUAUUCUGGCUAUGAAGCUGCUGUGUAUUCAGCUGCAUCGUCCUAUUACCAGCAGCAGCAGCAGCAACAGAAACAGGCGGCAGCAGCUGCUGCUGCUGCUGCUGCAACAGCUGCUUGGACAGGGACCACCUUUACAAAAAAGGCAUCAUUCCAAAAUAAGCAACUGAAAGCAAAACAACCUCCCAAAACACCCCAGAUCCACUACUGUGAUGUUUGUAAGAUCAGCUGUGCUGGACCACAGACUUAUAAAGAACACUUAGAAGGCCAGAAACACAAAAAGAAAGAAGCAGCAUUAAAAGCUUCCCAGAACACCAAUAACAGCAGCACAUCUGCUCGUGGAUCUCAGAAUCAGUUGCGCUGUGAGCUUUGUGAUGUGUCUUGUACAGGAGCAGAUGCAUAUGCUGCCCAUAUCCGUGGAGCAAAACAUCAGAAAGUAGUAAAAUUGCACACAAAACUUGGCAAACCCAUUCCUUCAACUGAACCAAAUUUGGUUACCCAGGCUACUUCCUCAACAUCCACAUCUGCUUCCAAACCAGCUGCAUCUGCUUCAAGCUUAUCAACUAGCAGCAGUACUGUGAACUCCUCUGUUACAUCCUCUGCAGUGAAAAUUCUUAUUCCCACGGCAAGCACACCACUUAACACGGCGUCCAACAACAAAAUAUCUUCAACUGCUGCUAAUAUAGCUGUAAAGAAAACAUCUACACCGAAAAUAAACUUUGUUGGCAAGUACAGAAGUGGUAAUAAGCUUCAGACAACAGAAAGUAAACUGGAAGAAAUGAAAUCAGCUGAAAGUGUUAAAACAACUCUUGUUGCCACGGUACAAACACAGGAAGUAACACCAAACACAGCAACUGAACCAGUGACUCCUGCGACUCUUGCUGCCCUGCAAAGUGAUGUACAGCCAGUGGGCCAUGACUACGUGGAGGAGGUAAGAAAUGAUGAAGGAAAGGUGAUCCGCUUUCACUGUAAACUUUGUGAAUGCAGUUUUAAUGAUCCAAAUGCCAAGGAGAUGCACUUAAAAGGGAGGCGGCACAGACUUCAGUAUAAGAAAAAAGUAAACCCAGAUUUACAAGUAGAAGUAAAGCCCAGUAUUCGAGCAAGAAAAAUUCAAGAAGAAAAGAUGAGGAAACAGAUGCAGAAGGAAGAAUACUGGAGAAGGCGAGAAGAGGAAGAACGCUGGAGGAUGGAAAUGAGGCGAUAUGAAGAAGAUAUGUACUGGAGGAGAAUGGAGGAAGAGCAGCAUCACUGGGAUGACCGUCGCAGAAUACCAGAUGGAGGAUAUCCUCAUGGUCCUCCAGGACCUCUAGGCCUGCUGGGAGUUAGACCAGGAAUACCUCCUCAGCCCCAAGGACCAGCUCCUCUAUGCCGCCCUGACUCCUCUGACGACCGUUACGUGAUGACCAAACAUGCGGCAAUAUAUCCAACAGAGGAGGAACUUCAGGCAGUCCAAAAAAUCGUUUCUAUUACUGAGCGUGCUUUGAAACUUGUUUCUGACAAUAUGACUGACCAUGAAAAAAACAAGAGCAAAGAGGGAGAUGAUAAAAAAGAUUGCAGUAAAGACAGAGCUUUGAAAGGAGUUUUACGGGUAGGCGUUUUGGCUAAAGGUUUGCUGCUCCGUGGAGACAGAAAUGUCAAUCUUGUUUUGUUAUGUGCUGAGAAGCCUUCAAAGACUUUACUCAGUCGUAUUGCUGAAAGUCUUCCCAAACAGCUUGCAGUAAUAAGUCCUGAGAAAUACGAUAUCAAGUGUGCAGUCCCAGAAGCAGCAAUAAUUUUAAAUUCAUGUCUGGAACCCAAAAUGCAAGUUACUAUCACGCUGACAUCUCCAGUCAUUCGGGAGAAGAACAUGAGGGAUAGAGAUGUAACCUCGGGUAUGGUGAAAGACCCACCGGACGUCUUGGACAGGCAAAAAUGCCUUGACGCUCUGGCUGCUCUACGCCACGCUAAGUGGUUCCAGGCUAGAGCUAAUGGUCUGCAGUCCUGUGUGAUUAUCAUACGUAUUCUUCGUGACCUCUGUCACCGUGUUCCAACCUGGUCUGAUUUCCCAAGCUGGGCUAUGGAGUUGCUCGUGGAAAAAGCAAUCAGCAGUGCUACUGGACCACAGAGUCCUGGGGAUGCGCUUAGAAGAGUUUUUGAGUGUAUAUCUUCAGGAAUCAUCCUUAAAGGUGGUCCUGGCCUUCUGGACCCUUGUGAGAGAGAUCCUUUUGAUACACUUGCUGUAAUGACAGAUCAGCAACGAGAAGAUAUUACUUCAAGUGCACAGUUUGCAUUGAGACUCCUUGCAUUCCGUCAAAUACACAAAGUUUUAGGAAUGGAUCCAUUACCACAGAUGAAUCAACGCUUCAACAUCCAUAACAAUCGUAAAAGGAGAAGGGACAGUGAUGGGGUUGAUGGCUUUGAAGCAGAGGGGAAAAAAGACAAAAAAGAUUAUGAUAACUUUUAAAAAAAAAAAGUUUUUCAUUUAUGCUAAGAUUGAAGGUGAUAAAAAGUCCAUUUGUUGCCUUGCUUUUACUUCAUAAUAAUGUCUGUUUAAAACAUCCAAAACCAGCUUGGGAAUUAGAACAACCUAGCUUUUCUGUGAGAUUCUGAACAUUGUAAUGGAUGUGCUGUAUCACACAAAUUAUGGAUGGAAAGACUACAAAUGGAAACUGUCAUUGGGGGGAAAAUAGAUUGAUUUUUUUUUCCCCCCAUUGCGUUUCCUUUAAAUGUAUUGCUAACUUCAGUAACUUUUCUUCUUUUUUGACCUUUUUUAUUAACAAGUGUGUUUUCUUAUCUUGACUGUAUUUAAUGCAGCAUUUCUGCUUCUGUUGCUAUGUGUAUUUUGACAUUUUAUUUAGAAGGUUUUUUUGUUUGCCCUUGACACUAGUUGUAUAAGUUACUUUGUGUUAGAUAGUAUAAACUGUUCCUCUCCCAAUUAAUAUUUUACAGAACUUUUUUUUGUAAAGUGAGACUGCAGGAUUAUACUUUUUUUUCCCUAAAUGUGAAGGGGUUACAACAGAAUUAGCCUGCCAUUUGAGUGCUCAGAAUUAAAUGCUUUUGCCAAUCUUGUAGCAUUUGUCAUCUUAGUGUGAUAUAACAGUGUAAUUAAAACAAAUUUGUGUUAAUCUAAUCAAGUUUGCUGUUAGUUUUGCAUUAGCAGUAUAAAAGCUAAUAUAUACAUUAUGGUCUUGCAACAGUUUUAAAGCAGCUACAUAAUUGAUCAAAGUUUAGCAUGAUUUUGUUUUUAAUAGAAGGGCUUUUAAAACUAUCAUUUUAGGUUAAAUGUGUAGUUCUUUGUAUGAUAGACUUUGUGACAUAGCAAGGCCAAAAAAUAACUUUCUGAAUUUCUUAAUAUAUAAGCAGAAACGGGCAUUUCCUAUUUGGACAAAGUUAGUCAUUCUUUUCAAUCAGCUUUGUCAAUAUAAUAUUAAUGCCUCUUAGACCUUAAAAAUAGAUAUUUGUCAUAUCAGUGCCUGUAAGUUAUUCCUUAUAGCUAUUCCUGUAUAAAAUUUCUGUGAUUUUUUUUUCAAUAAAUCAAAAUUUAAAAGUGAAGUAUUACUAAUAGAAGGCUAUCAAAGAAAAAAACAAAACAAACAAACAAAAAAAAACACCACCAAAAAAAACAGAAAAUUAUUUGAUGUGGCUAUAGUGUAUGCUUAUGUCUCUUUCAAAAAGCUAAAUAUAGUAGUGGUGUAAGGAAAGUUACAUCAUGCUGUUGAUAUAUGCUCUGAUACGCAGGUGUGAUUUAUUGUAACAGCACUGAAGUGGAACACUCAAAAGCUAAAAUUUAUUAAAUGACUUAAAUUCAUUAUAUACUGGAAACUGAAGUUUCACUUAUUCUGUUCAAUGUGUAUUAUACUUUGUUGCAAACCCAUAAAACAUAGAUAACAUAGACUAACAUUCUGGUAUCUACUUAAUCACAGGCUGUAUGAGAGCAUCAGCCAUCACAAAGAUCAUUUGUCAUUUCACAGAAUCACAGAAUUGUAGGGAUUGGAAGUGACCUAAGGAGAUCAUCGGGUCCAACCCCCCUGCCAAACCAUUUCUGAUACCAUUUGUUAAAAACUUCUGUGUUUUUUUAAAAACUUUUGUGGUUUAAUUUAUCUUUGACCUUUUUAAUAAAACAAGUUUUGGAGUAGGGGGAUACUUUUGUCUUGCAACACCUACUGCUAACAGCAUGGGUCCAUACAAUGCAAAUAAAAUAUUUUAGAAAAUAGAGGGUCUUAAAGAAAAAUUUUAAUAUUUUAAUUUAUUUAAAUUGUAAUGUUCUUCAAGCAUCAGAGUGCAAUUUUAAAAGGAGUGAAUAUUAAUGGUUAGCAAAUAAAGAGAAAGCAAUCUUGUUAAGAAAAACUUUUUAAAUAAUUUCAGUGUCAGAAAUAGAAUAAUUAAUGUGUGCUUUAAAAUGACUAAAAAAAAAUUGCAGUAGUUUCUGUUGUCCAGGCAUAGCUUCCAAACACGUGCUUGUCCUUAUUUUUAUUUUUAUUUUUUUAAUAGGAGUCUAUCUUGCUGCCAUGGUGUCUAGUUAGCCAUUACUAUUUAUUUUGAAAGCUACAGGUGCUAUUCACGUAGCUAGUUUAACUCCAUACAAAGUUUCUUUCCUCAUAAAGUUAAAACUUGUCUAUUCAGGCAUGUGACCCUCAAAUUUAGGAUUAAAAAGGUCAAAGAUGUAGUUUGGAUUUCCUGUAUUUUUGUUCUGCUGGCUUUUAUCUCUUAACUAAUUUCUGGAUCUUUUGAAAUACUGUAUACUUAAAGUGAUUCCACAUUAAAUAUGAAACUGUGACUGUGA